AAAAUUUUAGGUUAUGUUAUUAAUGUUUACAAUGUUUCGCACAUGCAAAUGCAUGGAGGUCUGGUAAAAGUUUUGACAUUUGAAUUUAUUUUUAUAUUCACUUUGUAAUUAUUUUGUAAAAUGCCUCCUAAAAAGGGUCAAUCUAAAGCCCCAGCUAAAGGAAAAAGUGAAGAUUCUGAAAAAGCUGGAGCAUCUAAAGAAAAAAAAGGUGGCACAGCAGUGAAAGUUCGUCAUAUUCUAUGUGAAAAGCAAGGCAAGUGCUUAGAAGCACUUGAGAAAAUUAAGAGUGGCCAACGAUUUCCAGAUGUUGCCAUGGCUUAUAGUGAAGAUAAAGCUCGACAAGGAGGUGAUCUAGGCUGGAUGACUCGUGGCUCAAUGGUAGGGCCAUUUCAAGAUGCUGCAUUUGCAUUGCCUAUUUCAACUGUAAAUAAUCCAAUAUAUACUGAUCCUCCAAUUAAAACUAAGUUUGGUUAUCACAUUAUUAUGGUCGAAGGAAAAAAAUAA